GCUGUAUCAGCUACGACCGGCUGCGCCUUUUAAAUCGGCUCCGCAGAUUUCAUGGGGAAAGUGAAAACAAGGGUCGCUUUGCCUUUCCGGAAAACUCUGAAACUUUGCCAAGUGGAAGUCCCACCUCUCUGCCACAGAGAAGGGAAGUCCUGAUGUCCAUCGUUCCUUCCUCUCCAGACGGACCUGAAUAUUCUUGCCUUUUCAUCACCGCUGUAAGAUCCCAAAUGAUAGACUUCAGUUGAACAGCGGCAUUCAUUCUACUGAAAGAUAUUCAGGGCCGUCCAGCACAACGAGUGUUCACUUUAUCCUGAUACACUCAGAUCCCAAAAAGUCAACUUUCAUGAUAUUUGGGCUAUCAUCUCUGUUGUCAACCAUGGAAGAUCAGUGGAAGGAGAGACUCCCAUAACCCAAUUCAUCGGCAAGGAGUUGGAAUAAAGAUAUACAAAGAAUGAAAAGUUCCAAGCACAGCUUUAUGCUGAACUUCGUCUUGCUCAUGCUUCUGGUGGGACCAGUUGCAUGUCUACCAACGAAACCCCAGCCUGUUGACGAUGAACAGGAAGUUGACGUAACAGACCCGGGAGAGGGUGCUGAGGUCCACAACCGUGAACUGAGCCGAGCCUUCCAAACCAAUGUUGGCAAGGCCAGCAGCAACGUAACCUACCUUGAAUGGCGGAGAAGGCUCGUCGAGCCAGAUGGCCGACUCCUGCGGGAAACGGUUGAGGCCAGAGAAAUUAACGUGGAUGAAGGAGUUAAGGGUGCCUCUAAUACCGUGGGCAAAACUACUGGCGGCAGUGUACGCAGUACGACACUUGAAGAUCGGAUGUUGACCGCACCUAAAAAUGAGCUGGACGCAUCAGAACGAAGCAAAUGGUCUGGUUGGGCCAUGAUGGAAGCCCCUUCAAUGUCUGAUGUUAAAGUCAAAAAAGAGAACCACAACAGCAACAGGAUGAGAAAAUCUACCAGUGGCAAUUUCGGCCCGGUCUAUGGGAAGAAAUCCGAUAUUGCUCACAGCACAUCUUUUGGAAAAGAGAUCAGUGAAAAUAAUAAAAUGGAGAAAGGUCGAACAUUAAUGCUGCUGGACAGAGAAGCAGACGCCUCUGGUGCGAAGAGAACUGCAGUGGAAACACUAUUGCAAUACAUCGGGAUGCCGAUUUCCUUGGCAAUUGUAUUUGCUGCAUGUGCGUGGACAAGUCGGUUUUAUGAAUGGUGGCAACGUUAUCGGCAUCGUUACACACGUGCGGGUAGCGAAGAUGCGCCGCUUCUAAUUAAUGAAGAACAACGUUCAAUUGCAGGAUAUGGCGGUCUAACGGCACUGACGGACGAGGAUCUCGGACAAGCCGAACUACAGCCUCAACCUCCGGAGGAUAAUGAAGAACUGCGUCGACAAGUAGAUGUCCAAUAUCCCGAGGACGGGCUCCAGACAGUCUUCCAGGUGAGGCGACACUACACCUGUGAGUCGGUGGUGUGGUAUACUGCGUCCGGUGCUCCCGGUGUGGCCUUUUGUAGAAUUGGGACGCAGACUGGGAGACAGGUUCACUGAACACCUACGCUCGGUCCGCCAGAGAAAGCAGGAUCUCCCAGUGGCCACACAUUU